CCGAAGAAAACAAUCCAGUAAACGUCCUCACUCUCUGAUUCCCUUUUGAUUAUCCAACUCUCUAGGGCCACCCGUCACUUCCGUGUGUUCAAUGGUGGCCGUUACCCAGGCAUGUGCCGUGUUUGUCACGAUGACUUCACUUGUGCUGAUUUCCAUCAAGUUUUCUUACCAACCGAUAAUGAACUGGGGCCAACACGCAACAAACUUCCAGGAAGCUCCAAAGCCAAUGUUGAAACUCCACUCAAUCAAGAAACCAGUUCAACCAAUCAACAUCAAGCCACUGACCAUCGAGCCAUCACUUAAACCAAUCACCGUCAAUCCACUGGUUAAGCAACUUCCAAUGGAGCAGCCUCUCCAUGUAACAUGCUCGCAAAAUACUAAGAUUGUCGUGCUAAACAGAGACCGCCCGCAUCGUCAAGGAGAUGUUCUUACCGCGAUUGUAACAGCAAGGGACCAAGAGGGAAGGCCUAAGACGUACGGAGGAGACUUUUUCCGUGCAAGACUCAUCAGGGAUGGUUCACCGCAGGCUAGUAGCGCAGGACACAUCAUUGACCAUGACAAUGGCACCUACACUGUGGAAUUCCCGCUGCACUGGUUGGGGAAUGUUCGGAUUAAGAUUCAGCUCGUCCAUCCAAGUGAAGCAGUGAAGGUCCUAUGGAGACUGCGAGACAUUCCCAACAAGAUAGGUUUCCAGUGCUCUUUCUUUGACGAAAAAACGAAGAUCACUGAAAAACGUGAAUGCUUCAGCUCUGCAAGUCCCAGUCUUCAACCUGACCAACAGUGUGAUCUGUCAAAACCGGAGGUGAACGGAACCUGGUUUUGUCAAAGACCGAAGAAAGUUCCAUGCACCACCAUCGCCAAGUGUCGGUCUUCUAAGGACAGGGUUUUGGGCCUUGUGUCUCAAGAGGAAGUAAAAUAUUUCCAAAAGCCGCAUAUAGAAGAAGAACUAAAAAACGACGUACCCUUGCCUAUCCGUGUCCUUGAGCCAGAACUGCCCACUCCUCCAUAUCUCCCAGCAUGCACAUGGAACAUGCCGGAUGCUCAGAUGAAAGGAUUCUGGUUAGGAAAAGUGUGGAAGUCGUCUGUCUGCAACGUACGAGUCUUCACUCCAGCUGACAUCAAACGCUGUCUGGCUGACAAGACCGUGUACAUGCAAGGUGACUCCACCCUCAGACAGUGGUACAUCAGGUUUAAGGAGUUGCUGACGUUGAACAUCACUGAAUCUGGGGAUUAUUCUGUUUUGGAAUACGGAAAGAACAGCUAUUGGAACAUCACCAUCCGUUACCGCUUCCACUAUCUUCCCAUCCAGGGGAAAUUCUGGCUUCCCCUCUCCCAGCUCAGUUAUGCCGCCGAUCAACUGGAUACCAUUCAAGGAGGACCGAACACGGUGAUAGUCCUGGGUCUGUGGGCUCACUUCACAGCAGAGCCGCUUGAGGUGAUCCAGUCACGACUGUACGCCAUCCGGCUCGCUAUACACCGCCUUCUGCACAGGGCUCCUGGCACAAGGGUUUUUGUGAGAACCGGAACAACUCGAGAGCACAAGAAUGGCAAGUUGCAGCACUACCUGCUACGUAGUGACUGGUUGGCGUACCAGAUCACGGAAAUGAUACGAGAGAUGUUCCUGGGAGAACCAGGUGUGGUCGUGUUGGACACGUGGGACAUGAGCGUGUGUCAGCCGGGGAAAGACAACGUUCACCCAGAUCAAACCAUGGUGGACAAUGAACUAAACGUACUGUUGUCUUACAUCUGCUAAUGUAUAAUUGAGCACAUCAUUGAACGGCCUGUUACACGAAACUAGAGUUUCACAACCUCAUGCUUGUUUCUAAUUGCAAUUGAUUAUAUACAAACAAGGAACUCAUUUGAAUAAAUCAUAUCAGUUGAUCGAUUUUCUACCCCAAAAAAGGAUUUCAAAAAUAAAUAUAUGCAAGUGUUAUCUUUGUUAUGAGUUGUCCGUCGCUAUGGAAUUAUAAAUUUUCUCAUUUGUUAUGAAAAUGAGGUCCUUAUCUAGACCGCUCCCCCAGCCUCAUCAACAUCUAGAAAUGCAAAAUAAAAGUGUAAAUAUUUGACGGACAUGCAGUCAGUUUCUCAUCGUUCGAACCACCUGUCGUCAUGCUGUCCUUCUCCAAAGUUUCCUUCAUAAGUUAAUGUUAAUGAUGCAGUGACUGAACUAAUCUGUGUAUGGUGAUGGCACUAUUUAUGGCACUGGAAGUUUUCUGUUGCUUGUGUUCAGCACCAAGGACAGGUGCGUUCGUGUGUACUGAAAACCUUUAUGUACUUGGAUUAACAGCGCCACCUUACAAUACUAACUAGAACCGCAAUCAUCAAAGAAACAACAUUCUCUGUUGUCACUAAUCAAUAGCGGCGCUUAGCAGCCCUUAGUUGCUAGUACUGUUAAAACACGAUUCUGUACAUGUGCACAUUCAACGCUUUUGACAGUAGACUUUUGGCUGUAUCCUUUACGAACCGGUUUUGUUUAAAAGAUGGCAUGAAUUUUCGUAUGCCCCCAGGUCGUGUCACACUGGCAUGUGCAUCACGGGCUCUUCACCAUCCAGCACCCCCCGAGCGUUUUCCAUAUACGGUAAUAAGGGUUUUAUAGACCGGGGAGUCUCAACAUCUCAUCACAGGGAAGUCAAACAGGUCAUCAGCGAUGGAAGAUUGUCAGUCAUUGAAAUUGGAAAGUUCUUAACUUCCAGGGACCAGGUGCGUUUGUGUGUGGAUGGUGUUCAGCACCAAGGACGGGUGUGUUUGUGUGGAGAUUGUGUUCAACACCAAGGGUAGAUGUGUUUGUGUGUGGAUAACAUUCUACAGGAAGAGCAGGUGUGCUUUGUGUGCUAAAACGUCAACACCAUUAUGCUCAUGGAUCAAAAGCGUCCCCUUGCAAUGCUUACUAGAACUGCAGUCACCUCUUUUGCAAAGUAGCUUAUUCUCGUGGACCAAAAUCAUGAUUGUCAAAACUAAUACAUCGCAUUGCUCUCUGAUACGGUGGCAGUAAAUAACGUUGGUACUAUGGCCAUACUGUAAAUGUAUUUCUACAAGUCAAGUCAAAGUCAAACCGGGCCUGUUCUAUUCUGGAAUAAGAAUUAUAAAUUGGUUGAUUAGUUAGUUAGU